AAAAAGCCAACUCAAAAAUAAAAUAAACAAACUUACUGAUGAUAAACAAUAUUCACAAGAAAUAGAAAAUCUAUGGAAGGAUUUCAAACAAUUAUUUGACAAAAAGAUUGAACUGAAUCCUGAUUUUUCAUUUAAUAAAAUGGUCAUGGAAAUUCAUGAAUUACUUGCAGAGGGAAAAGAAGCAAUUCAGGAAUGGGUCAACAAAGAAAAGAAGAAAGAAUUGGAGAUUAGAUUUUUGUCAGUACCCAAAGAAUACUUACAAAUAGCUUUG